CUGGUCCCUGAGGCUGGCGGCCGAGCCGUGUGUCUCCUCCUCCGCCGCCGCCAUAUUGUCUGUGUGAGGAGAGGGGAGAGCGGCCGCUCCCGCUGCCGCUUCCACCACAGUUUGAAGAAAACAGGUCUGAAACAAGGUCUUACCCCCAGCCAUCUCUGCACACAGUGACUGCCAGAUCUUCAAGCCUCAAGUUCAGCUUUGUCCGCCAACCUGUCUGACAUGUCAGGACCCGUGCCAAGCAGGGCCAGAGUUUACACAGAUGUCAAUACACACAGACCCCGAGAGUACUGGGAUUAUGAGUCACAUGUGGUGGAAUGGGGAAAUCAAGAUGACUAUCAGCUGGUUAGAAAGUUAGGCCGGGGUAAAUACAGUGAAGUAUUCGAAGCCAUCAACAUCACAAAUAAUGAAAAAGUUGUUGUUAAAAUUCUCAAGCCAGUAAAAAAGAAGAAAAUUAAGCGAGAAAUAAAGAUUUUGGAGAAUUUGAGAGGCGGUCCCAACAUCAUCACACUGGCAGACAUUGUAAAAGACCCUGUGUCACGAACCCCUGCCCUGGUUUUUGAACAGGUAAACAACACAGACUUCAAGCAAUUGUACCAGACGUUAACAGACUAUGAUAUUCGAUUUUACAUGUAUGAGAUUCUGAAGGCCCUGGAUUAUUGUCACAGCAUGGGAAUUAUGCAUAGAGAUGUGAAGCCCCAUAAUGUCAUGAUUGAUCAUGAGCACAGAAAGCUACGGCUAAUAGACUGGGGUUUAGCUGAGUUUUACCAUCCUGGCCAAGAAUAUAAUGUCAGAGUUGCUUCCCGAUACUUCAAAGGUCCCGAGCUACUUGUAGACUAUCAGAUGUACGAUUAUAGUUUGGAUAUGUGGAGCUUGGGUUGUAUGCUGGCAAGUAUGAUCUUCCGGAAGGAGCCAUUUUUCCAUGGACAUGAUAAUUAUGAUCAGUUGGUGAGGAUAGCCAAGGUUCUGGGGACAGAAGAUUUAUAUGACUAUAUUGACAAAUACAACAUUGAAUUAGAUCCACGUUUCAAUGAUAUCUGGCACUCUCGUAAGCGAUGGGAACGCUUUGUACAUAGUGAAAACCAGCACCUUGUCAGCCCUGAGGCCUUGGAUUUUUUGGACAAGCUGCUGCGGUAUGACCACCAGUCACGGCUCACUGCAAGAGAGGCCAUGGAACAUCCCUAUUUCUACACUGUCGUAAAGGACCAGGCUCGAAUGGGUUCAUCUAACAUGCCAGGGGGCAGUACACCUGUCAGCAGCGCCAAUAUGAUGUCAGGGAUUUCUUCAGUGCCAACCCCAUCGCCCCUUGGACCUCUGGCAGGCUCACCAGUGAUUGCUGCUGCCAACCCCCUGGGGAUGCCUGUUCCAGCUGCCGCUGGUGCUCAGCAGUAAUGGCCCCAUCUGUCUCCUGAUGCCUGAGCAGAGGUGGGGAAGUCCACCUUCUCCUUGAUGCAGCUUGCGCCUGGCGGGGAGGGGUGAACACUUCAGAAGCACCGUGUCUGAACGG